GUCUCUUUAGCACAAACACUUGCCCGCACCUGCCACCCUGUGUCGUUUGCUGCAGGCUGAAAACCUGAAAAACCGAGACACACUUCUUGUCAAUGAACUUGGCUUUCAGCCUUUGAUUCCAAUUAUUACCAACUCCCGGUCGUCUCUUGACCUGAGUGUCCUGAAAGUCUGCCUCCUAAUGCAAACGCGUGUCGGUAGCGCGUUGCACAUUCGCUGGUUCUAAAAUGGCAGACGGAAACGAACGGCCGGGCUUGCUCGACUCGUGCCUGAUUGCUUUCGUACAGAGCAAGUCAUUGUCGAGCACACUGAUUUCACAGCUCUCCCAGGUAGUGAGAGAUCAUGGCGCCGAGGUUCUGGAACCGGACCGUAAGGGCAUGAUCCGCAUCCCGCAAGCCACCCACAUCAUUUCCAACACCGUCGACUUCGACCAAUAUGCCGAGUCCCAGGCCAUGAUGAUCCCCACCGUCAGGUCCGACUGGAUCAAGGCGACCAUCGCGCGUAGCAAGGUCGCCCAGGUCCGCCCCUUCUCGCCCGAUCCCAGGAUGAUCUUUUCCAACGUCGUCCUUACAUGUGCGGAUAUCCCGACCACGGACAAAGAGGCCAUUACCGGCGCGAUUAUGGCUCUCGGCGGGAUGGAAUCCAAGGACCUGUCGCGGCAGACCACGCACGUGUGUGCCUUGUCUCUGGACCAUCCUAAGUGUAUCGAGGCCAAGAAGAAGAAUCUCAAGUGCAAAAUCGUCCUGCCUCACUGGUUCGAUGACUGCUUUCGGCUAGGAAAGAGAAUCGAUGAGGGUCCCUACCUCCUACCAAAUCCUGAGAUCUUGCUCAAGGCGCCGGAAGACGCCAUAAAGGUUCCCCCGAGCCAGCAACUGGAGGGCGCCGUAUCGACAGUUCCAACCGGCCCGUACGAGACCGAAGGCGCCGAGAAACUAGUCGUCUUCGCGCAGAAGAAGAUCAUGCUCUCAUGGGAUCUGCCAAUCAAUAACAUGUUGCGCAAGACGAUUACGGACAAGAUCACCAAGGGCGAUGGAGAGGUUGUCGAAGCUAUCGAAGACUGCGAUAUGUUCGUAUGCCAAUACCGGGAGGGUGACCAGUACGUCCGCGCAUCGCAGACAGGGAAGGACGUCGGCAACCUGGCGUGGCUGUAUCAUUUAAUGGUGUACAACGAGUGGACGUCGCCAUUCCGGCGGCUCCUUCACUACCCGAUACCCAGGGGUGGUAUUCCCGGAUUCGCGGACAUGCGGAUCACACUGUCCAACUAUGGAGGGGAAGCGCGGAUAUACCUCGAAAAUCUCAUCAUGGCAGCAGGUGCGACAUACACUCGGACGAUGAAAGCCGAGAACACACAUCUUAUCACGGCACGGAUGCACAGCGAGAAGUGCGAGGCGGCUAAGGACUGGAACAUUGAGAUUGUCAACCACUUCUGGAUCGAGGAGAGCUACGCCGCUUGCCAGGCCCUACCCCUUGGCAACCAGCGAUACCGACACUUUCCGCCACGGACAAAUCUGGGUGAGGUUAUUGGCCAGACAUCCUUUGAUGAGCCCACGCUUCGGGAAAGGUACUAUCCCGGUGGAGAGGAGCACAUGGACGACGCAGCCAAAAAGAAGAGGAAGAUCAACGAACGCGCCCAGAAGAACGCCCUCAACGUGGGCUUGGACCGGGAUUUCAGUGUCAUGCAAGACUCGAGCCCAGCACCGGCGAAAUCUGCUAGGAAAGCGCGAGCCACCCCAGCACUCGGGAACUUCGCAACUCCCGCAAAGACGCGCCACGUCCGGUCCGGCAAGGAGAACGAUACCCCAUCUGUCAUGUCCAGCGCGAGUCGCAGCGCGAAAGCACAGGCUCUGUCGAAGCUACAGGACAUGGCGCCGGACAUCGCACUGUACGAGAAGGAAAAGAAGCGGAUGGCGAAGGACGGUCACGGAAUCUGGGGCGGCAAGCGUGCGGCGGAUCAGCUCGACAAGGAGCGGCCGGACAGGAGUUCAAGCCCGGCCAGCAAGGCAGAGGAUGAUCUCGAGGAUGAGCAAGAAAACAAGCGGCCGGCCAAGAGGGCCAAGAUAUCGCUACCAGAGAUUGACAUGCGUAUCUGUUUAACGGGAUACAAGCGGUGGGUGGAGAACAAAACGACUGAGGAAGCCGACCGGAGAAAACUCCGCUCCCUUGGUAUCCAGAUCGUGCAGGAGAAUGCGCCGUGCAAUUACCUGGCCGCGCCCAGCAUGGUCCGGACCAUGAAGUUCCUCCGCUGCCUCGCCAAGGGCCCCGACGUGAUCAACUCGUCCUUCAUCACGGCCUGCAUCGAGUCCGGCAAGCGGCCCCCGGUCAAGAACCACCUGCUUGUCGACAAGGCCAGCGAGGCGCGGUUCGGCGUAAGCAUCGAUAAGGCGGUGAACCGAGCGCGCGCCAACCGCGGCCGGCUGCUGUGGGGCGUGCCCAUCUACUGCACGGCCGAGAUCCCGAACGGUGUCGACGCGUUCAAGAACAUCGCCGAGGCCAACGGGGGCAUGUUCAAGGUCUACCGCGCCAGGAGCGGCACCACCAUCAAGCUGGCCACGGAAGAUGAGGAGGGCGAUGCGGGCCCGGAUCCUGUGUACUUGCUGACCGGGGCGUCGCCGGCCGAGAGGCAGCUGUGGCCGCGGUUCCAGGAGAUGGCGCGCAAGGGCAACAUGGAGCCGCGGAUUGUCAUGGCCGACUGGCUGUUGGACGUGGCGAUGCGGCAGGAGUUGUCGUUUGAUCCCAAGUAUUCGAUGAGCAACCGGGUGGCGGAGUAGGUGAAAGUUGGUAUGGGGAGGUGGUGAGUGUGGUGGUAGCCUGGCGUUGGGUGUAUUUUUCGGG